CCAACGCGAUUCCCCUCAUCCUGCAUUAAAGGCAUCCGAGCAGACACAUUGUACUUGACAAAUGUGCACAAAUAAAGCAAGGGAGUUCUGUGAACUUAUGUCCUCAGGUUGUGUCUUAAAAAUCCUCCAGUGCUCUAAUUUAGCGUUGCUUUUUGAGUGUAACAGGCAGUGAAUGUUCAUUAUUGAGAGAGUCUUGUUUUGUCUUCAGCUGUGGGGCAUUCGGUGUUAUUAUAUCUAAAAAUAAAUACUAAAUACUAAGGAAAACUGUGCAGCUGGACUCCCGAAACAGAAGCAAUGAGUUUGUUAUAGAAGUCAUCUAAAGGAUAAUUAGGAAAGGCAGUUUUUAUUUUCUUAUAGUCAUGAAGUGAUGAUGAAAUAGCAUAUUUUGGUGUCCAUGCAUACUCCAAGUAUUCGAGGCAGAUUUCAAAUUCACCUCACAACUUCACACAUGUGUAAUGGCUGGAAUGUUUAGUGUCGCCACAUAGAAAAGGGGUCAGUAGCCAGGUUUAGGAAUCUUUUUUCCUGUAGUAAGCCCUCUUGCUUUGACGCACCCUCACUCCCACUCCUGCAGUUUGGUUAAUCAUUGCUCCCAGUCGCUGCUAAGCUGCAGAGUGGCGCGGGCUGGCGAAAGAGUCAGAGAGUAAGUGAGAGAUAGGUUGUGAAAGAGGGAAACCCUUGGAAAACUGUCACACGUGGCGCAACAUGUUAGCCACAAGGAAGACCAGGGUCUGAACCUCUCCGGUGCAGCGGGACACGUGCUGAAAUGUCACACGCUCAUUAUCUCUGUCUGGCAGCGUGGCCAGUGUAGAUAAGCCCCCUUAUGAAGUGAAAACUCUUCUCAGCUCUGCAGUAUCCCAUCCCAGCACCAACAGCAGAAAUAAGGGAUGUCACAGCUGUUCCUCUUUUUGGCAGUGCUCAUUGUCUCCUGCACUAUUCAGGUUUCUGCUGUUGUUUCCCUGCAAAAGGUGACGGAGCACUGGGAAUUGUACAGGAAAGAGUGUGAACGCAACAACAGCCAAGAUCCACCAAGCACCGGCCUGGUGUGCAACAGGACUUUUAACAAUUAUGCCUGUUGGCCCGAUGGACUCCCUAACACUACUGUUGUUGUGCCAUGCCCGUGGUAUUUGCCAUGGCACCGUAAAGUUCAGCAUGGCGUGGUGUAUCAGGAAUGUGAUGUGAAUGGCCAGUGGGUGACUACAUAUAAUACCAGCGAGUGUGAUUCUCAUGAACAAGCACCACAUCUGCAGUACUAUGUCCAUAUUCGGAUCAUGUACACGGUGGGCUAUUCCUUAUCCCUGGUGGCUUUAGUGUUGGCUCUUGGUAUCCUCAUAUUCUUUAGGAAACUCCACUGCAUGAGGAACAAUAUCCACAUGAAUCUUUUUGCCUCUUUCAUCCUGCGAGCUUUGUCUGUCCUCAUCAAAGAUGCUCUGUUCGAAACCAGUAACAUAGCACAGGGCCUAAACAGAGACGAGGAGCAGGGAUACCCACCUGCAUCUAUAGCUCCAAUUGAGCUGCUGGUCAACAACGAGACAAUGGUCAGCUGUCGCAUCGCCAUGGUUAUGAUGCAGUAUAGUAUCAUGGCUAACAGCUACUGGUUGCUGGUGGAAGGCAUCUACCUCCACAACCUCCUGGUCAUCACUGUGUUUACGGAGAGGAACUACUUCAAAAUUUACCAGUGCAUCGGUUGGGGUACCCCAUUAAUAUUCCUCGUGCCAUGGGUGGCGAUUAAAUACCUGUAUGAAAAUCAGGAUUGCUGGGAGCAAAAUAUAAACAUGAAAUACUGGUGGAUCAUACGCGCUCCGAUACUGGCAGCUGUUAUGAUCAACUUCCUUAUCUUUAUCCAUAUCAUCAAAAUUCUCGUGUCAAAGCUCAGAGCACACCAAAUGAGAUACACAGACUAUAAGUUCCGGUUGGCUAAGUCAACGCUAACUUUGAUCCCGCUGCUCGGGAUCCAUAAUGUGGUCUUCAUCUUCGCAACAGAUGAGUCCACCAGUGGCAGCAUCGGCUUGCGUCUCACCAGGCUCUUCUCUGACCUCUUCUUCUCCUCCUUCCAGGGUCUCCUGGUGGCAAUCUUGUACUGCUUUGUCAACAAAGAAGUGCAGUCUGAGAUCCUGAAGAAGUGGAAGCGCUGGAAGCUAGGGAGGAACAUUGAGGAGGAGUACCGCCACACCUAUAGCAAUACCCCAAACACAAAAACAACCAGUCUCUUAAACCACGCCCCUCGAAUGCCUCACCUCCCAGACAUCGCCAAAACCACCGCCCCAGUCUGUAGCCCCGAGGAGAGGCACAUGCUCGUCGCUAGCAACCAAAAUGGCAUGGUCCACAGUACAGAGGAAGGGAAGUGUGCCUCACUGCUGCACGAGGGGACCAUCAGUAACUAUAUCCUGGUAGAGGACAUCAGCAUUACUGACAAGCUGCCGUGUUACGAAGUGCAGAAAGAGAACGUGGAGAGCCACCUGUGAAAGCUACUGGGACUACUUAAAAAAGGAAGUUGGAUGGCUUUGGGCUCUCAUCGUGCUCUGACAGACUGACCUGCUCAGCUGUAAAGAGUCAAGUUAAUGGUGUCACUUUUCAGGUCGGCCCUCAGAGAUCUGCGUCACUGGAGAGCUUUCGCCACAGUCUGAGAGGAGGAUCAGGAAGGGCAUCCACGAAUGUGCUGCGAGUCUCGUGAACGGAUUAGUUUCGAUGUUUUUUUUUUUAGCACAGAAUAAUAAGCUGCUGCAUGCUGAACAAUUUUUGCAACAGCAUCCCGAGGCAGAUAAGCCACGGAAGAUCGUAAUGACAUACAAAACAUGAAACCUGAAGUAACAAAAAAAUAAAUAAAUAAACCCCAACUGUAAAGGUCACAGGGUCCUUGCUUGAGCCUCUGCUUUAACUUAUCCUAUCUAUCAAAUUUCUGGUACUAAAGUUUAAAUACAAAGAGAGAAUUGAACUGAAUACACACAAAAAUGUACAAAAUAUCAUACGGUAGGAACAAAUG